AUCAUUUUAAAAUUCUCUUGUGCGGAUGUUUACAUAUAUCUUCAAUUUCUGGGUAUUCAUCAAAAAUUGACAUCUGGUUUCAUUGAAUGUAUUUAAAUUUGAAUGUCAACCUUAAAUUCUUUGCUCAAUUUUAAUGCACCUAUUGUAAGAAGACUUUUAGCAUGGAAAAUUGGUGAUGGCGAAGAACAUUGGUCUGAAAAAGCUGUUAAAAGUUUAGUAAAAAAGUUAAAAAAAACAGGAGGAUUGGAAGACCUUGAAAAAUCAAUUUCAAGCAAAGGAAAUAAUGCAACCAAUUGUGUAAAGAUUAUUAGGAGCUUAGAUGGUCGCUUACAAGUUUCGCAUCGUAAAGGAUUGCCACAUGUUAUAUAUUGUCGCCUAUGGAGAUGGCCAGACUUACAGAGCCAUCAUGAGCUUCGUGCAAUUGAUUCAUGUGAAUAUGCAUUUAAUUUAAAAAGAGAAGAAGUUUGUGUUAAUCCAUACCACUAUCAGCGUGUUGAAACUCCAGUUAUGCCACCAAUACUUGUUCCUCGUGGUAAAAUAGCUGUUGAUUUAAACAUGAAACCAGAGCCUACAUUAGAAGAAUUUCCUAGGCCAGAAAAUAAAACAAUAUCUGAUGAUUUCAUUGAUAAUGAUAUAAGCAACCUUGCCUUCUCUUCAUAUUCCAACUCACCAAUAUCAUCAAUUCCUUCUAUUCCAUCUACACCACUUUCAUCAGCAUCUUCACCACAAUUAAUGCAGUUAGAUCAGAUACAGAACAAUAGUAUGUGGAGUUUUAUCCAGAAGUCUCCUGAAAGUUCAACAAGUCCAGGAUAUAUGACAGAUAUUGAAAUGCCAGUUCAAAGUGUUAUGAAUGGGUAUUCUUUACCGUCGCCAAACCUUGAACUUUCAGUUCAUGAUAUCUACGAUCCCGUGUUAUACGAAGAACCGGAAGCAUGGUGUGCAAUUGCUUAUAACGAACUUAGAACGCGCGUUGGUGACACGUUUCACUCUACUAAACCUGUUUUAACAGUAGAUGGCUAUACUGAUCCGUCUUCUCAAGAUCGGUUCUGUUUAGGACUUUUAUCGAAUAUAAACCGAACUGAGCAAAUAGAACUUUCACGGCGACACAUCGGCAAAGGUGUACGUUUAUAUUAUUUCGGCGGCGAAGUUUUCGCUGAAUGCUUAAGUAACAGUAGCAUAUUUGUGCAAAGUUCUAAUUGUAAUAGAAGAUAUGGAUGGCAUCCUGCCACUGUAUGCAAAAUACCUCCUUCGUGCAAUCUCAAAAUUUUUAACAAUCAAGAAUUUGCUGAAUUACUUUCUCAGUGUGUUCCUCGUGGUUUUAACGCUGUCUAUCAAAUGAAAUCUAUGUGUAUGGUUCGUUUGAGUUUUGUCAAAGGAUGGGGCGCUGAAUAUCGUAGACAAUCUAUCACAAGUACACCUUGCUGGAUUGAGAUACGGUUAAACGGGCCACUUAAAUGGCUCGAUAAAGUUUUAGUUCAAAUGGGUUCUUCGUCAGAUAAUGUAAAUUCAACUACGUGAUAAAGAUUUUAAAUUCUCUUUAAUUUUAACCUUCCAUAUCUCUUUUAAUUUUAUGCUUUCAAAUGUUACAUUUCUUUUGAUUUUGCUUUCGAUUAAAAUUAAAAAAGGAGAACUUUUUAUAUUGGGUUGUUUUAAUUGUGUAUAUAGAAUUUACACGUUUGAGUUUUUUUAAUUAACUACGCGUGUAAUACGCAUAGAACAAAAAAGGUUUUAAAAAAAAACUCUAUUUUUAAAAGAUAUUUUAUCGAUCUUUUUAUCUAAUGUUUCGUUGCUGAAGUUGACGAAGCUUUAAUUUCAAACUAAUUAUUUUUUUUAUUAUUUUGAGACGCCAUGGAGAUUACUGGAGGUUAUAAUUGUGUCGUGUAUUGUACGGAGAUUUUAUUUUAGCUAUGUAACGAGGUAUCGAUAACCAUAAUCUUCUUGAAUUAUGAUGGUAACAUAGAUUUUAUUGUAAAUUUGUUUAAAUCUCUGUUUCAAGAGUUGUGAACUCGUUGAUUUUUUUAA